AUGUUAUGUAAUGUACGUUUGAAAGGACUGACUGUGUCUUAUUGCCAGUGGCAGUGGAUCAGUGAUGGUUCAAUCCUGUGUGUGUGUGUGUCAGGGGUGAGCCUGAGAAGUGACUUCGUCUCAGGGUUCUGUGGGGAGACAGAGGAGGACCAGCUGCAGAACCUGUCUCUGAUCAGGGAGGUGUGAUACAACGUGGGCUUCCUCUUCCCCUACAGCAUGAGGAAGGUGUGUUCAACUUAAUUCACAGACUGGAAAUGAUCCCACAUUUCCUAUCAAUACCAUUGGAAUAUAGCAGGGGUUCUCAACCCUUUCCUUUCUCAGGCCUAUAGAGUUUGUGUUACGGAAUCCAAGCCCCACUAAAUUAGGCAGUAUUUUCAAGAGUAAACCAAAAGCUCUGACUUUGUUUAUAACUACUUUAUUGAGGAAAAGUGUAUUUACUAUGACUGUGAUAUGUGGUUGUCCCACCUAGCUAUCUUAAGGUGAAUGCACUAAGUGUAAGUCGCUCUGGAUAAGACUAAAAUGUAAAUGUAAAAGUAAUGUAUUGUGUUACUGCCAUAUCUACUGUGGACACUACACUUAUUAAUAUGCAGUGUCCUCUCUCCCGGAAAAAAACAAUGCGUUCCAUCGUCUCCAGGACGACGUGCCAGCUGAGGUGAAGCAGCGGCGGCUAGAGGAGCUCAUCAGUGUGUUCAGAGAGGAGGCCACCAAGGUCAACGCUGCCCUCAUCGGCAGUACACAGCUCGUCCUAGUGGAGGGAGCUCUAAGGCUAAAUUUAAAUCCACACGAGUCGAGCUGUGAGCCCCAACUCCCCACACCUGACUUUUCCCUGCAUGGGCUGACUAGCAAUUUAGACUGGACCAAUCAUCUCUCCCCAUGGCGUGCAAAGUAGCAUGAUAGCAGCCAACAAGGAUUCAAGAUUCACCGGGGGAGUCAGGUAAAAAGGACGCUCUGAACUAUAAUUCACAUAUAAGCAAUGGUACGUAUUCAUCCCACUUAACUCCAAUAUAAAUGUACCCUAACAUUUUGGGAACUUGUUUCCUCAUCCACUCAGGAGAGUAAGAGAUCAGCCAAGGACCUGUAUGGGAGGAACGAUGGAAAUGUGAUCUUCCCUCGAGAGGAAGUGGCCGUUCAGCCAGACACAACCACUGACACACAGACUGACACACACACUGCCCCCAUCAACCAUGGAGAUUACGUCCUAGUCAAGGUACACUCUCAUUCUGGCAUAGUUGUAUCAUAGACAAUAAAACUUCUCUCUCACUCUCUCUCAAUUAUACUGUUUGAAAGUACACAUUCAAAUGUUUCAUUUUAUGACCAUUUCAGGUGCUUAUAAUGUCUUAUGGGUGAUUUUAUAGGGAUUAUAAGACUACCUUCAUCGGGGCACCAUGUUUAGACCUGCUCUGCUCUGUUCCUGUCUCUAAUACAGAUAACAUCAGCCAACUCCCAGAGCCUGAGAGGCCACGCCCUCAGCCACACCUCUCUGAGUGACACAGCUGCACGUCUACCUGACCACCGCCAUGACGGACAACUGGCUUCAGUCUGA